AAUUUGAUCCAAUCGAAUCAAAGCAGGCCACUUUUGUUUUAUAAUCAUAUGCAACUAAGUAGGCGUUUGCAUUCUGUUAGAAUUUGUUUCUUGUUAACAUUUAUAACCUGCCAGCGAUCAUUCUUGGGUGAUUCACUGCGACGCAAGGACGUGUGUUUCUACUAGUGAACACAUAUUACUCAAUCUUGUCUCCUCAACAGAAUUUCAAUUUUUUUGGAAAAAUGGACAUCGGCAAGCACUUCGAUGCAGAAUAUCGUACUACAUUGCUGGACAUUCAGAGUAACUUCCAGCAGAAUCUCAAUAGGAAUAUGGAAAAUGAUAUCUUGAGAGAUGUCAACAGGAAGUUCACUCCUAAGACCUUCCAGAAUGUAUCCGCUCCUGACGGUAUUUAUGCCAGUAAUGUGGAAUUAACGAUGAUUUCGUUAAUCACGCCCGUGCUGAUUGAAUCCGGCCAGACCAAGGUGGAUUUACUGCAGGAAUGCGUAAUUUGCGACUAUGAACUAAAAGAACUGACGGUCGAAGCGAACUAUUCCGGCGAAGCAGAAGCCAAGGUCACGUUUAGUAUCUAUGGCACUCUUUUAUCUGGUCGAGUAGGUUUAUUCAGACGGGAAGAUUCUUUUGUCCCGCUCAACUAUGACAUUAAGCUUUUGCCCAAAGAAAUUAAAACGCUAAUCACGUAUAACGAUUCAUCGGAAGAUAUCGUAGAUGUGUCUUCCGAUGUGGUCGAAACAAUGGUAAAUUUGUUCUGGAUUGAAUUAUACGAGUUUGUGAUGCGCAAUUUUGCGCGCACGCUCAGCGGUAAUGUAGUGGAGUAUUCGUUCGGCGAGAUGUUUCUGGAUGAACCAGAAAAGUAUAUGGCUUUUGAGCUGGAACGCAUUCAAAUGGCGAAUAAUAUUUUUGAUGAAAAAUUGAAACAGUUUGUUGAUGUGGUGAGAGGCUGUGCCAAAACAAACUUUAAGGGUCGCUUCUCAACCGGGGGGGUUAUCUUUAACUUUCAGGCCGUUUCGCACGAGUUGAAAAACAUGAGCUCGCUUCGUCGAGUGCAUGAUGCGAGUUGGUUUGACAACGAUGUUGAAUCAUCUGUUUAUGCGUCGACUUCGAUUCAAGAUUUUAAGUUUGUGAUCACCGAAUGCGUUAUUACGCCUGAGCACGAUUCAGAAGUUCAGGUCAAAGGUGCAUUGAAGAUUCAGCCCGAUCGCAACCGCAUCAAUAUCAAGUUCCAAACAUUAAAACUUGGCGACAAUCGUCAAUGCCGUGUGCUUGUUGAUCUGACCGAACUUGACAUUUCGUUCGUCGACUUGGACGAGUUGAACUGUGACAUCUCGUUCAACACUCACCAACAAAGUGUGUUGCCAGUUGUGGUGGGACACCUCCGCCAACAAACUGACGUAAUUCUACAAAAACACGCGGAUGCCUUCAACUCGCUCCAGGCUUAAAGCAUUUUGCGAAAUAUUCGCAUAGUUUUAGAUUUAAGUUGUAUUGUUUAAGAUUGUUCUAUUUGCAUUGUACACAACGGUGAGAUUUGGACUAGUCGUGACCUCGUUGCCAUCGUCUUAUCCUUCCACAUAAUGCAUAUGUUGAUUGAGUAUUAUAAAUUUUCUUAGUAUUAUGUAAAACCGGACACGUCCAGUGUCAAUACACACGAAAACCGGUUUAGUUUUUAGCUUCUUUUUUUUUUCUCUAUUUUGCGGCUCAUCUCUGCCGGUCAAUUGCAUCAGCUAGAUGCAAUUAAUCAAGCGGCCUGUUAACAAUAGCGGUGCCAUUAAUGACAUGAAACGCAAACAUUUGUUUUAAACAACUUAGAGUGCCUUUAAGUUUUUUGUUAUUUCAUCAAAAUUAUGUAAUAGAUUUUUAAACUAAGAUAAUUCGUUAGACACCGCUUGUCAACUUUAAUAAAUGGAUUUAUUCUCAUGUAA